AUGGCACCGGGUAAACCUCAGGUUAUCGUGCAGAAACAGCGGGAUGAGAAGAGUAGGCUUGAUGUUGUUAUCGUCGGUGCUGGGCUUGGUGGUCUCGGAGCAGCGAUAUCGAUCUUGCUAGCCGGACACAACGUACAUAUCCUCGAGUCGACGUCUGAAAUUGGUGAAAUCGGCGCUGGAAUCCAAUGCUUGCCGAAUGCGUCGCGGAUCUUGAUAUCAUGGGGUCUCGAAGAGUAUCUCGAGAAGUAUGCGACGACACCGCGGUUUGGUAAUAUGCGUGGGUGGAAGGGGAAUAAGAUAAGCGAUAUGGAUUUUCAUGAGUAUGAACGAGAAUGUGGUACACCGUUUUGGGACUUUCACAGGGCGGACUUGCAUAGGGGGCUUUUGGAACGAGCAAUCGAGUUGGGUGCGAAGUUGACUACAAAAGCGAGGGUUGUAGAUAUCGAGUACGAAGCCGACCAAGGGAAUCAGACUACCCGAGCCAUCGCCAUAUGUCAAGACGGCACAAGAUACGCAGCGGACCUAGUAGUCGGUGCUGACGGCAUCAACUCCAAAUGUCGCGAGAUACUCCUAGGUCACAAAGACCCCCCGCUUCUCACAGGCGAUCUCGCAUACCGCCUCCUCCUCUCCACCAGCGACAUGCUCAAAGACCCCGAUCUCGCUCCCUUUGUCCUCGAUCCCCAAGUAAACUACUGGAUCGGCCCAGACGCCCACGCAGUAAACUACGUCCUCCGCGGCGGCAAGCUCUUCAACAUGGUCCUCCUCGUCCCAGACGAUAUGCCCGCCGGCGCCAACACGCUCGCAGGCAACGUCGAGGAAAUGCGCGCCUUAUACAAAGACUGGGACCCCCGUAUCCGCAAACUGCUCGCGCUAUGCACGUCUGUCGCUAAAUGGCGGUUGAUGAUCCGCCCGGGGCUUGAUCCUACUUGGUCGCAUACCCGGUCGUCUGCUUUUACGAUUCUAGGGGAUGCUGCGCAUGCGACACUGCCGUAUCUUGCGUCUGGAGCGGGUAUGUCGCUGGAAGAUGCGCAUGUGCUUGGGCUUUGUCUGGAGCGGCUGACUGGUAAGUCCCGCACCCAGAAGGGGAGGGCGCUGGCGGUGUACGAGCGGUGUCGGCGUGAGCGUACUGAACGUGUUGUUUCAAGGGGGAAUCGCCAACAGUAUCUUUAUCAUGUGCAUGAUGGGGAGGCGCAGGUAAGGCGGGAUGAACUAUUGAGGGCUUUUGGACGGUUUAAUGGACGGGGGAGGGUGGGCAAGGAGGAGUUUGAAGAGAGAGGGUUGAGGGUUGGGGAGGAUCCACUUGCAUGGCGGUGGGGAGGCGUGGGGAGUUGGCUGUUGACGUAUGGGUGUGAGGAGGAUGUUGAGAGGAGGUGGAGGGAGGUGGAGGUGGAGAGCAGGGGAGGUUUGGUGGAGGGAGAGAGUGUUAGGGCGGUUUUGUAG